UUAACCGAAAUCUCACUGGGACAGAGCGCGGGAUGAGCGAAGGGACCCCCCGCACCGUAAUGGUGGAGGCGAACCACCUCCAAGGCUCGCAGCGGAGACGUUCUCCUCGGUUUGGUUCCCCUGGAGUUCUGCAGGAUAGCGAAACCAAGAUGGCGCUGGGAGUGAAGCGGUCCAUCACUGUGAGGAAGAUCGCCCCCAGGAAAACCACCGCUCUGUCCGGGAACAACAAGGAGAACACCCCUAAGAGGUCUCAGAACCUUAAGGAAACAAAGGGCGCAACCCCGGAACCCGGCUCGAACCGCCGGACCCCCACUUCAGCCGGGAAGAAGAGGCAGCAGGCCCUCGAACCCACACCCAGUGGCCCGUCCUCCUCAGCCCGGAGGAGGAAGCCGCCGCGGCCCCCCGUACCGUCCCCCAUCCUGGCCUCCUCUCCCCCGGCCGCCUCUCAGCCCGCAGAUCCACAGGACUCGGUCUGGACCCAGAAGGUCCGCCGCUCCUACAGCAAGCUCAGCGACAGCUCGCUCCACAGCCCCGGGCACAGAGAGACUUUGUUCGGCUUCGAGAGGCUCAGCACCCCGGAGGUGGUCCGGAGCCGGGUGGAGCUCUCCCGGUCCUCUCUGGAGGUUUCUGGGUCAUUCGCGUCUAUGCUAGAGGCCGAUGAAUGCGGACCCAAACCGGACCCGAACAUCCCCGGGGUAGCGGUGGUGAAGGAGAAGCGGAAGAAGCGGAAGGUGCAGCAGAUCAACACCGAGGAGCUGGAGGUCCUGGCGGCCCAGAUGAACGCGGAGUUCCGGGAGGCAGAGCAGUUCGAGCUGGUGGUGGAGUGACCGGGGGACGGACAGAUUCACAACACCUGGGCUGAUCAGACUGCGGGGCUUUCUGUAUAAAGCUGUUAGUUUAUAGUUAUAGAAACACCGGAUGAUCUUUCUAACUGAAUGGACCGAACUGCAGCUUCCGGUUCUGUUCUCAAUAACAGUUUAUUCUCCAGGUUCUUCCUUCAUUUAGUUUUUAUCCGAACCAGAACCAGACUGCUGGGAUAUGGACUAUGUAAAUACUGCCGCCAUUUUUUAGGAGGUUCUGAAAGAUUCUGGCUCUCCUUCAGUACUUUAGGAUUAUGAAGGUGGAAUUACAGAUUAUCCAGGAGACGCUUUUAUUAAACAUCUUAUUCUUGGACUCUUGUCUGGAUUUUCUGUCUGAAUAAAUCCAGAAUGAAGAAAAUCUGAA